AGAUCAAAUUAAAACCAACUCUUAUGUUUGAGCCAUAGCUCACAAGUCACAAAACAACAAGUGAUUCAAACAAAUCAGAAACAAUAAGUACUCCAGUGAUCUUGCAGGGGGAGGCAGUAUUCUAUCCAAGCAGACUGUUUGCUAAUAAUCUUAUGACCAUGAGGCCCCAGAAAAAAAAAAUCACAUGCACUAUUUUAGACUUCCCAAUUUAUUUCUACACAUAAAAUUUUAAAAGGGAAAAAAAAAGAGAAAGAAAGACGAGACCACACAGCAGCAGCUAGUGCUUGACCAGCCUCUCUCCCAUGUCUCCACUCCAGUCCAAGCCGAUUCACAUGCAUUUGUUCUGUUGCAUGUAUGCUUCCUCUUCCUCCUCUCCUCUCCUCUCCUCUCCUCCCCAUUUCUCAUCUUCUCUCUCUUUCUCUCUUACUCCAAUCUGAUCUCCAUUGCUCACCUUCCUAGUAGCUUAGCUGAUCUCAAUGGCGACAAUGGCGAGCUCAGGAGCAGCAGCAGCAGCCAUGGCCGUGUUCUUGGCAAUGGCGCUGGUGUUGAGUGGCACUGAGGCCAGGUUCCUGUCCAACAACAUCACUGUGGUUGGCUCUGUCUACUGUGAUGCCUGCUCCAACAACACUUUCUCCAAGCACAGCUUCUUCUUGAAGGGGGCCAGGGUGCUGAUCCAGUGCAGCUUCAAGGUGAACUCCACCAUGGCCGAGGAGCUGUCCCUGGAGGCGGAGCGCACCACGGACCAGAACGGCGUGUACAAGCUCGACGUGCCGGCCGCCGGCGGCUUCGACUGCCGGGAGGGCCACGACCUCCGGUCGGCGUGCCGCGCCACGCUCGUCCGGAGCUCCUCCGCCGCCUGCAACGUCCCGGGCCUCCGGGGAUCCACGCAGCACAUCGCCCUCCGCUCCCGCGCCACCAACGCCUGCUUCCUCAACCUCAACGCGCUCAACUUCCGCCCCGCCAAGCGCGACGCCGCGCUCUGCCACGGCGGCGAUGGCGCCGGCGCCGGCGGCGGCGCUGCGUUCGGCUCGUCGCUCUUCUUCUGGCCGUUCUUGCCGCUCUUCUGGCCGCCGUACCGGCUCCCGGGCGGCGGCGGCGGGACGGUGUCGUUCCCGUGGCCGUUCCCCGUGCCGGACUGGCUGGUGCCAUUCCUGCGGCCGCCGUUCUUGCCAUUCACGCUGUACCAGCCGGCGCCGGCGGGCUCCGCGCCGCCGCCGUUCUACCGCUUCCCGCCUUCCCAAGAAGCAUCACCAUCUCAGCCUUAGACCUGAAAAAGUACAAAAAAAAAACUUGCCAAGAUUAAUCCUAGAUUCUUCAUGUUUAGCAGCAAGAGAGGUUGUGUGAUUGUGACAUUGUUGUAGGUGAUGAUUCUCCCUGCAUCACACGUGUAGCUGGAGCUAGUUCAGGAAUUGCCACCGUGUUCAUCGGGCUGAUGAAUAUGUGGAAGUGAUAAUUAUAAUGUAGUGAUGGCAACUUGUUAGUAGUAUUCGGUAUAUUGUCUUAAAAUAUUUCCUCGCUGCAGCUAAUUUUUCAAUCAUAUUUAUAUA